AUGUGGUUUGAGGAGGACAUUUCCAAGUUUGCUCUUGAGUUUGAUAGCAAACUGAGUGCAACGAAUGUCAAUGAAGCUGCCUCUGAGUCGACUGUCCCGACCCCAACCUCCGCCACUACGGAUACGACCUCGACCUCGACUGCACUGACCGCAACACCGACUGCAACACCGACCAGUGAUGAGCCCUCUGUGUCGCUGAAGUCUCCGAUGACCACCCCAAUGUCACCGCCACCUGACCCUGUGUCAUCUCCGGUGCGCCCCUUGACGGCGCCAGAACUUGCGGCCUGCCCGUCGCCCGCAACACCCGCACGCCCGGCUACAGCUGUAAGAAGUUUACCGCGUCCAAUCGUCCUCGACUCUCCAACCCAAGGCCAGCAGAUUGUAACGCUGACUUCUAAACGAUAG